AAGACAAGCGACGACAAAGACAGCCGAUUUUGUAAGUCUGAUGUCAUUGUGUUUGAGAUAGAGUUCAACUUGUUAAGUAAUUUCAACUAAAACUAGUGGGAAACUUGUUUUCUUUUAAAUUUCUUAACGUACGGGCCAUGAACACUGUCACUACCAUAAGCAACAUGAACAAUGGAACAGCAAGUAAUCGAGUGGAGUAUUACUAUAUAUGUGGGGUUCCGUCCAGAAUGUUAGAACAAAUAAACAUUUAUUUUGUUUUGAUGUGUUUUGUCAAGCCAGCCAUGUCCAUUCUGGGGAUCACGGCCAACAUUAUAAGUCUACAGAUACUGAGACUCAGCGGACUGCACAAACCUUCCAACAUACUUCUCUUUAGUCUGGUCAUUGCCGACACACUGUGUCUGGGCAGGUCAAUAAAUUACGGAGCCAUUCUAUUUUGGUUUGGACCGGACGAUGUGAUGUGUGGGUUUCGCUACAGCGAAGGCAUCAACUAUUUUCUAUUAUAUUCUAUGAUCGGUAUGCAAUAUUUUCACCUUUGGGGUGAAAUGUCCAACACCAUGUUUCCCGUUUUAAUUACAUUCGAAAGACUUGUAGCUGUUUUUAAACCCUUGACAUUUUCAAGAAUUAUAAACAGGAGACGAACAAUUGUCUUAGUGGUGUGUGCAUAUCUUAUAUGGUUGCCAUGGACACUCUUUUUACCAUCUUUAUACGAGGUUGGCUUUUCACCUAUGUCUCAAAAUGUCACUUAUAUGCGUCCCGCUCUUUCAAAAUGGUUUUUCAGCAAUAUACUUAUUCUAAACAUGUACGACACGAAUGUGAAUCAAACAUUUUCGAACACUCUGCCCUUGAUUUUUGUCACAUUUGGCAACAUCGUCCUUGGUAUAAAGGUUAGUGUCGCACUGAAGAAGAGAAGAAGCUUAACUUCUUCACAGAAGAUGUCCUGGUCUCCAAGGACAACCAGAACGCUCAUGUUGACAUGUUUCAUUUUUGUUAUCUCAACAGCAACAGGCACAAUCAUGACGCAGAUGGAUAACAGCUUAAUUGAAGACGUCGCGUCGUAUUACGUCAGGCGUGAAGUCAGAAUACUUUUACUGCAAAUCAAUUCUUCCAGUAGUCUAUUUAUUUACAUCGCAUCAAAUAGACGAUUUUUUGACAUAUUUUGUUCCAUGUUUGGAAUAGCUUUGAAAUUAAUAAAACCUCCUGAGGACGGUAUCUAGAAUGUAUGCUUACCGAAGGGUUUGCCCAUAAUUAUUAUAAGUACUUUUAC